CAGCUGGGCUCCCCUGGCACCUCCUCCCCCAGCCUGCUGCCCCCUAAGCGGGCUCCCCUGGCACCUCCUGUCCCCAGCUGGGCUCCCCUGGUACCUCCUCCCCCCCAGCCUGCUCCGCCCAGACCGGGCUCUCCCUGCACCCCCUCUCCCAGCCUGCUGCCCCUACUUUAGACCUUGGCGCCCCGCCUCUAGCUCCGCUGCCCCCCAAUUUGGCUCCCGCCCCCCUAGUGGCGCUACCAUCCCCCCCCCAGCUUGGCUGCCCCCGCCCCCCUGCCCCGGGCGCUGCUGCAGGGGAGCGACCUGAGCGGAGCUGCCGGCGGCCGGGACUGAGCCGGGCUCCCUGCAGCGGAUCGGGACGGCCCCCAGCUCUGCCCCCCGCCCCAGCGCCCGCUGCCCGCCAUGGACGGGGCGGCUUGGAGCGGAGUCCUGGCCGCGUUGGUGGUUUGCUGGUUGGCGGUGGGCGCCGGGGGCUCCCCGACGCCGCCAUCCCCCGUGGGGGGCGCCCCCCCGGACACCUGCACGUCCUGCGGCUUCCGGCGGCCCGAGGAGCCAGGCAAGGUGGACGGGGAUUUCCUGGAGGCGGUGAAGCGGCACAUCCUGAGCCGGCUUCAGCUGCGGGACCGGCCCAACAUCACCCACGCCGUGCCCAAGGCGGCCAUGGUCACGGCGCUGCGCAAGCUGCACGCCGGCAGGGUGCGGGAGGACGGCCGGGUGGAGAUCCCCAGCCUGGACGGGCAGGCGAGCGGCGGGACCCCGCUGCACGAGCAAGUGUCCGAGAUCAUCAGCUUCGCCGAGACAGAUGAUCUGGCCUCAUCUAGAGUCCGCCUCUAUUUCUUCAUCUCAAAUGAAGGGAACCAGAACUUGUUUGUCGUUCAAGCCAGCCUGUGGCUUUAUUUGAAGCUGCUUCCGUAUGUCUUAGAGAAAGGCAGCAGGCGAAAAGUAAGAGUCAAAGUCUAUUUCCAAGACCUGGACACUAGCAACAAGUGGAAUGUGGUUGAAAAGAAAGUUGAUCUCAAAAGAAGUGGCUGGCACACUUUUCCCAUGACAGAGGCGAUCCAGGCUCUGUUUGAGAAAGGAGAAAGGAGACUGAACCUGGAUGUUCAAUGUGAGGGCUGUGAAGAGUAUUCAGUGCUGCCAAUUUAUGUGGACCCUGGGGAGGAAUCCCACCGGCCUUUUUUAGUGGUGCAAGCCCGAUUAGCUGAUAACAAACACAGGAUCCGGAAAAGAGGCCUGGAGUGUGAUGGCAGGACCAAUCUAUGUUGCAGGCAACAGUUUUACAUUGACUUUAGACUCAUUGGGUGGAAUGACUGGAUCAUAGCGCCAUCAGGUUACUAUGGGAAUUACUGUGAAGGGAGCUGCCCAGCCUACUUGGCUGGAGUCCCAGGAUCAGCUUCCUCUUUUCACACUGCGGUAGUGAAUCAGUACCGCAUGCGAGGGCUGAACCCAGGCACCGUGAACUCCUGUUGCAUUCCAACCAAACUUAGCACAAUGUCAAUGCUGUACUUUGAUGAUGAAUACAACAUUGUGAAAAGGGAUGUUCCCAAUAUGAUUGUGGAAGAAUGUGGUUGUGCUUGAUUUAAGGUGUGUUUCCGGGGGGAGAAAGAGAACAUUCCCGUGCUAGAUGGUAUUGGAGGAAGUUUCACUGUGUAUCCAGGCAUCGGUGUUAAGUCACUGUGGAAAAGUCUGGCCAAAAAAAGUUUCACAUCGGUGUCAGGACAGUGACUAUUUGUGGAUCUUGGACAUUUAAAUAUUCUACCACUUAUAAACUAAUGCUAUGAAAUACUUUAUACACACCCACACAUACACACCCACACACACAUACACACACAAUACAAGUAACAGGAAGUCAGUCACCAGUGACAACAUAACUAAAAUGCCUGCCAGUACAAGUGAAUGGGUAAGCAGCUGUUUCCCCACCUGCCUGGGAAGUCAGACUGAAAUGAGCUCUUUUUGCUCAUACAAAAGAACACAAAAAAGAGAGAACAUAAUAUAUUCUUGCACGCAGGUGUCAAAAUCACCAAACUUAAAAAAAGACCAUCACCUCUUAGGUCCAAAGGGAAGCCGCAGUCCACCUGCCUAUGCAGGUGAUCACUUCCUCUUAAUUUAAAAAUCUCCUAAUAUAAACACCACACAUAUCCUUAUCUUCCAACAGCACUUCCAGUAAGGAAUAUCAUAUGAUAACAUGAGAGAGGGAGAGAGACACAUAAGCAGCUACUGUAAUUCUGAGACUGUUUCUGUAUUCUUCUAAAUCACGUUUGGUUGGCAUUAUUUGAUGCUUUAACUGACUGCUAGAAAUCCAUGGACGGCUAUAUCUGUUGUGCCAUUGAAAAGGGGCUUUUCUGUCAUAUCUGGAUUGUGCUGACCAUUAGCAUCUCACUGUUCUAAGAACAAAAUAUCAAAGUUGCAAUCUGUGUGUUUCAGCAGGAGACUCCGCAAGGACAUGUAAUGUGGGAGAAAAACAAACAAACAAACAAAAACAAAUGCUACCACAACUAAACCAAUGAAC